GGAUCCACUGUGACCAUGACUGACAUAAAACAAUUACGGAAAAUUGAAUGAAUAAACUAUGCACAAUCACCGAGAAGAGGAUGAGUUCCCUUUUAAGGGAAUCCGUUUUCUCUGUGAAAUUCAGAAUUGGACAGGUUACAGAUAGGCCAAAUUAAACUGGGUUAAAAUGCUGAACUGCCAUUUUAGCAAGGUCUUCAUUCAAGUUUGGGCAUCUUCACAUGACACUCAUUCUCAGAAGGGCAUCCUACAAUGCCCUCUAGUUGUAAACAUGUGCACCAAGUCUAUUUAGUGACACUGACAGAUUAUAACCCAUUAAGGAAAUGCAGGUAGUGUAAAGCAAGCUUGGUACACAGAAGGAAGUGCUGGAUCUUUUAUAAAAUGUAAAGAAAGCAGACUUUUUCCAAAGAGUCUAUACAACUUCAAUAGCUGUCCCCUCUAUGCUUGCCUAAUUUAAAUGGAUGCACAAUGCAUUACGGUGAGUGAAAAUCGAAAUCAGCCUAUUGAAACUGAAAUAUGGGGACGUUCCUAUAAACGUUGUUCCUUCCUAUCUGCCUUAAUAUACACAGUUAUUUUAAGUGUUCUCAGCUCUUCAUAUAAGACCACACCCAGAGAGACUGUGAUCACACUGUUCCGUUAUGCAUAAACUGACAGAACAGAACCACCCUUUUUCAUGCAACUGCAGCAGCACACAGCAAAAACCCAACGCCUUCAGAGUGAAGGGAGCAGAAAAAUAUAAGUAACUUUCAGAGGGGAAGACACUGCAUUCACCAAAAGACAGAAAAGCUCUUUGAGGAUGGCGGCAUGGGACCUGUCAGUCACUGUGGAGGACCUGGGCCCUGAAGCUCCACCCAUUAAAAUCAGCGUAACCUCUGACCUCCACAUAGGCGGGGUGAUUCUGAAAAUUGUAGAAAAAACACAGAUGCAGCAGGAUUGGUCAGAUCAUGCGAUUUGGUGGGAGCAGAAGCAGCAGUGGCUCGUGCGGACAUCCUGGACACUCGAUAAAUAUGGAAUCCAUGCAGAUGCUCGACUGCUCUUCACCCACCAACACAAGCCUCUGCGGCUGGGUCUUCCUAGCGGAAUCACCUUGCGGCUCCGCGUCUGCUUCUCCAGCUCCAUGUUCCGCACUGUCCAGGGAAUCUGCAGAGCUUUGAACAUCCGCCAUCCAGAGGAACUGUCUCUGCUAAGGCCAGUGGAGGAGAAAAAGAAAAAGAAAGACAAAGACUCUACGGAGGAGGAGUAUGACCUUACAGACAUACCACUGACAUCAGGAUCAGUUCCAACUCUGUAUGAUGGCAUGCCGGCUCAUUUUGCUGACUCCCCUAAAACUGAGGCUAUCUAUAAGAUUCUGUCUGUGUGCCAGCCGUCUCCUCCUCCAGAGACCAUCGCGAAACUCUACCGACCAGCCAGCAAGGUGGACAAAACACACAUCAACACCAGAUGGCUGGAUUCAUCACGCUCACUCAUGCACCAGGGAAUACAGGAGAAUGAGAAGCUGUGGUUACGCUUUAAAUACUACACCUUUCAUGACAUGGACCCCAAGUACGAUGAGGUGCGUCUGACGCAGCUGUAUGAGCAGGCACGCUGGGCAAUCCUGCUGGAGGACAACGACUGCACCGAGGAAGAGAUGAUGCUAUUUGGAGCUCUGCAGUACCAUAUAGGGAAGCUGUCACUGUCUCAGGAUGUCAGCUCCAACCAAGGCAUGGAUGACCUGGAAUCUGCCUUGAAGUCUCUUGAGGUCAAGGUGGUGGGAGAGAACAGCAACACAAAUCAGCUGGACAACAUGACCCCUCCGGAACUGCAUGACUACUUGAAAAUUUUUAGGCCCAGGAGACUAACUCUGAGGGAUUACAAACAAUACUGGUUCAAGUUUCAGGACACUUCUAUCUUCUAUUACAAGAGUAAAGAGGAAAGCUAUGGAGAGCCCAUCCAGCAAAUGAAUCUGAAAGGCUGUGAGGUGGCUCCUGAUGUGAACAUAGCAGGACAGAAGUUCUGUAUCAAACUCCUCAUCCCAGUGCCAGAGGGCAUGACGGAGGUGUAUCUGCGAUGUGAGAAUGAGAAGCAGUACUCUGAGUGGAUGGCGGCCUGUAAGCUGGGGUCUAAAGGCCUGACCUUGCUGGACAGUUCUUAUCAGAGUGAAGUGAAAAACAUCCAGACCUUCUUGGCUAUGCAGCGCUCCAGUUCAUCUGUUUCAACUGCCCAGUCUGACGAGAGCAUUAAUACACAGAGCCUUGUCUCACCUCGCUACACCAAAAAAUACAAGACCAAACAGUUAACUCCACGGAUCCUGGAGGCUUAUCAGAAUGUGGCUCAGCUCUCCCUUACAGCAGCCAUUUUGAAGUUCCUCCAGAUCUGGCAAUCCCUGCCUGACUUUGGCAUUUCCUAUUUCAUGGUCAGAUUUAAGGGUAGCCGUAAAGACGAGAUCCUGGGCAUUGCAAACAAUCGUCUGAUCCGUAUCGACCUGGGAGUGGGAGACACCGUGAAGACCUGGCGUUACAACAACAUGAGGCAGUGGAAUGUCAACUGGGACAUACGACAGGUGGCCAUUGAGUUUGAUGGCAACAUCAACAUAGCCUUCACCUGUGUGAAUGGAGACUGUAAGAUAGUGCAUGAGUACAUUGGUGGCUACAUCUUCAUGUCGACGCGUGCACGAGAUACCAGUGACACAUUGAAUGAGGAGCUUUUCCACAAACUCACUGGGGGCCAUGAAGCUCUUUGAUGGACACGUCUGCAUUAAUGCUCUGACAGCAGCACCACAGAUCAUUUUGUAGUUAGUAUCUGUAUACCAGACCAAAAAAACCUGCCUUGUUUUCAAGUUCACAUGCAUUUAAAAAAAAAAAACAUUCCAAUGAUAUUAAGUUUAUCUGGCUACCAUGAAAAGCUGCUACAGCUUGAUGACGAAGUGAAAAACCCUCCUGAAGAGCUGCAGUGCAUGUUAUUCGAGAUGUAUGAGUGUGGCUUAUUAAGGACCAUUACUGAUUUCGGUUUCACAGUCACAUUUAUAACCACAUAGCAUUCUGUUUGAAUAGAUGCAGAAAUAAUGUCUUUAUAUGUAUUUACUGACUGACAGGUGUGUGACGUAUAAAGACAUGAGAAAUCAUUGUCCCUACUGGAGCAUAGUUAAAUUUUACUGCAGAAUAGAUUUAUUUAAAUACAAUAAAAUAUAUGAGCAAUUGUAUAAAUAAUUGAAGAAAUCAUCUGCACUACACAUUCUCAAUACUCUACCAUAUCCCCUCAAAGUCAUUACAUUUUAUUCAAGUGACAGUCAAGGAAACCACAGGCUAUCAUUCCUUGCACAAGAAGUGUUACAGUCACCAGCAGUUUCUCACAUGAUCACAAAAGAACUUCCUUAUCUUUGUCCAACAUUAUGCAGGCUUCAGUUGACUAGACCACAACCAAUGCCUGUCUCUUUUCAGAUAGAUUCUAUGACAUGCAGCUCAAUGGGACCAAGCUUCCGUCAUGUUAAAUUCAUACUGGAUGUCUUAAAGGGUAAAAUACAGUAUCUAUAAGAAACUUAAGAUACACAGGUUUCCCAAUCCAUUAAGUUUCAAUGCUGCCAAUUACCAUUUACAGACGUUCAUGGUUUUGCUGAAGAUCAGUGUGUUUUAUGCCCAUAAUGAAAAAUCCAUCAAGACAUCUUUUCCAUUGUCUAUUCCAGAUCAAGUUCGCAUGCUGUAAUUGAAAGACAUACAUUAAGUUAGAGGACUGUUUUUUCCCUGCUUCUGGAAAAAGUCAUUAAAGUCAAAAAGUUAUUACUUUCAUUUA